AUGUUCGCAUUCGUCUUCGAAGAUCUCCUCGUCGUUGAUCUGUCAUGCGGGUUCGGCUGGUGCGGUUCCCCAGCCUUUUACACGCUAGUGGGUUCUAUUAUCAACGCUCUGUAUGAGCACGGCAACAAGUUGACCCGGCAAUUUCAUGGCAAUGUGUGGUGUGACGAUCACACAUGCAUUGAAGUCGACCGCGGGUCGGCUUGUUUUAACGCCAAUCUAUCGCUUCGAUGGGCAAUGGCGACCGUGUUAGGACCUACGGCAAUCAACGAACAGAAAUUCACGAAUGACCUCGUGUCGAGCAAAUUUGCCACGCGGACUAUUCAGCUCCAGGUCAUCGGCAGCUUCCGUCACGUUGCUAGUAGUUUCCCACCUGCACGCGCCUUCCUUCAAUGCUUACAAGAAACAGCAACAGCUUGUCCAAAGUACGGUCGUCGUGUACUAUCAGCCUCUACUCUUGAUGAUCUUCGAUGGUUCCAAGCUGUGCUACGACACCCGGCACGGUUUAACGCCAUUCCGAUCAUUCAUUUCGCUGACAUGUCUGAAUCCCGAUUUCACGUGUUCACGGACGCAAGUGGAGACGGACUGUAUGUGCUCGAGCCAUCCCUGAAACGCUACAUUCACCAACGAUUCUCAACCGAAGAUCUAACCUACACAUCUAUCCACGUUCGCGAACUUCGCAGUGCGGUACUUGCAGCACUACAUUGGGGUCCAUAUCGGGCUUCAGAGAGUAACACGACCCGCACGCACGUCCAGUUCCACAUCGACAAUACAAAUGCGGUUGCUUGGGCAAACCACCGUUCAAGUCGACAUUCUGUCGUCAAAAUGCACAAUCGACUGCUGUCCCUUACCAAAUUUCAGUACAACCUCGUAUUCACGGCGUCGCACAUUGCUGAUAAACUCAACAUGAUGGCCGACGCUGGAUCUCGGGUGUGGUCAAAGGACCAUCAACUUGCAGACUUAUGGACUAACAUGUCGUGUUCAUGGACACAGACUCGGCUCGAAGCGCCUUUCGACGAUCUAUGCAGCUUCUGGGCUCGUUACGCAGCCAAAACGACCUGGCAAACUCCACCACUACCACAUAUACUCGACACUGGGGUCAAUGGUGUCGAUUUGCUACGCGGAUGA